AUGCCACUGGCGAUGGCUUCCCAAGACCUCAUCCCACACCUUCAACUCGCGAACACGGUCGGGGUACUGUUUAUCGGGGUAGUCCUUGCAGCAAUUUUUUUUGGUGGCACCUACGCCCAAGCUUUCAUCUACUUUCAGACGCAUAAUGGUACAGCAAUAACAUUCUACAAGAUAGUCGUCAUGUCGCUUUGUAUACUUGAUGCUCUGCAUCUAGCCCUGAUCGUUCAUUGCACCUAUUUUUAUUUAGUGGUUAACUUCGCGAACAUUCCUGCGCUCACAGAAAUCGUAUGGAGUUGUAAACUUCAGUUGGUAGUCGCCUUUCUCACCGUCUUUGUAGACCGUCUUCUAUAUGUUUAUCGCAUAUGGACAAUUAGCGACGGCCGUUCAAGGGUUCUGCCGAUCAUAAUAAGUAUCGCCGUCCUAACUUCAGGUCCUGCCAUUGCCAUUGUGUGGUGCACAUAUCAGCAAGUCCACUUAUUUGCCGAUUUGAUCAACAUUGCGUGGGCAUUAUACACGUAUUGUGGCGCUGUUGCCUUUGUCGAUAUCCUUAUUGUAUCAUCGCUGUGUUAUCUCCUCAUCAUUUCUCGUACUGGGACGGACUUCUUCAUAUCAACGCUCGUGAAUUAUAUCAUUAAUACAGGCUGUUUGACGAGUAUGUGUUCAAUGGUAGCUAUCAUUACAUGGGCAGUGAUGCCGAAGAACCUGAUAUUUAUAGCUGCCGAAUUUUUAGCUCUUAAAUUACAUGUCCACUUGGCCAUCGCACUCCUAAACGUGGGAUAUUACGCGCAGCACAACACAGACACAAUGCGUUCUUCAGAAUACCAUGUGCGCCAUGACGUCUACCGUCCGAGGUUGCAUGUUGGAGCUUCGCAGGAUGAGGAAAUGCAGGCGUCCCACAAUAACAUGUUUAAGCAUCCUGGUGAUGAAGCAUUGCAUGUUGCUCGACCUGACCAGGCUGUCACGUCACAGCGGCUGAAUGAGGUAGCGAUGGAAAUUUCUCUCUCUUCAGCGUAA